GCCGGGAGGAUGGGAGUGUGAACACGUUCAGAAACAGGGUCUCGAUUCGGGGCCUCAAACUGCCAUAGAGUAAAAACCUUAAGGAUUAAUUUAAUAUUUGGUAGAAAACUUAAACAGGAUUAAUAUUUGGUAGAAACCUUAAACAAAGAUGCUUCUCAGGUACAUCAGAGAACCACCUUGGGAGGACAGACGAAAAAAAGGAGAAAAGAGAAACUCUGCAUUGGCCGGGAAUCGAACCCGGGCCUCCCGCGUGGCAGGCGAGAAUGCUACCACUGAACCACCAAUGCAGGCGGUGUGGUGUUUCAUCAGAUCCUAUCUCAGCUCACAUGGAGUUGAGCCGACCUUGGCCCGGAAAACGGUGUAGUCAGGGAUUCAGCAAAGACUCUCGAUAGUUGACGUGGGUGGAGCCCAGGCCAUCCUUCUUCCCGCCUGGAUCCGGUCACUCGGCCAUAAAGUCACCCCAUAUGGCCAGGGGCGGCCCCACACCCGGGUGCGAACUGCCCGGGCCCCCGAGCCUCGCGUGCAGCACUUUGUCCUGAAGUUUCCAAGAUGUGCACGCAUCAUUUUGCUGAGGGUCAUGCUCUUAGUAUGAGGGAUAAGCUGGGCCUCAGGUCCAUAUCCCAGUAUGAACCGUGCAGCCAAGACCAGGACCCAGUGGGCACAAAGAGCGCAGAUGUUGGGCAAGUUGAAUAGAAGUGACUUAGACAGAACAGCUUCUCUUCUACCUCCAAAGUCCCAGUUGAGUUAGAGGGAUCCAGCCAGCACACUGAGGUGGCCACUAUCCCAAGGAGGAGGUGAAUUUUGGGGAAAGAUGUACAGGAUCCAGCCUAGAGGCUGAGGGGUGCUAACUUUAAUUUCAGGGUUAGUGGAGGUACAGGGAGCCCCCCAGAAAGCUGAGAUAGUGAAGGGGAGGGGAACUGUGCAGCUCACUCCUGAGUUAUGUCCCAGACACCUCAAGCUCCCUCCUCCCCCAGUAACCUCCUGCCUUCAGCUGGGUCCCGCCUCCUUAUACAGCUUUAUGGUCCUUGACCCAGCCGGCGCUGCCCCUGCCCCUCAUUUCCCACACUCGCAGGCCGGUUCCACUCCUCCCCCUCCCCCUUGCGCUCCUCCCCUUUCCGGGCGCCUCGUGCCCGGGGCGAGUCCGGCGAGAUCUGGGUGGUGAAGGGGCGGGUCCGGGUCCUAACUAACACCCCCCCCCCGCCGCCCCUACUUGGGAGCCUGCGGGAUAUAAGGCGCAAGGCGAGCAGGGGCUCGGUCUACACAAGGGUCCGGAGGAGCGAUGGUCACCCGGGAUCGAGCGGAGAACAGGGAGGGCCCCAAGAUGCUGAAGCCGCUUGUGGAGAAGCGGCGCCGGGACCGCAUCAACCGCAGCCUGGAGGAACUGAGGCUGCUGCUGCUGGAGCGGACCCGAGACCAGAACCUCCGGAACCCGAAGCUGGAGAAAGCAGAGAUACUGGAGUUCGCCGUGGGCUACUUGAGGGAGCGAAGCCGGGUGGAGCCCCCCGGGGUUCCCCGGUCCCCCGCCCAGGACGCCGAGGCGCUCGCCAGCUGCUACUUGUCCGGCUUCCGCGAGUGCCUGCUUCGCCUGGCGGCCUUCGCGCACGACGCCAGCCCGGCCGCCCGCGCCCAGCUCUUCUCCGCGCUGCACGGAUACCUGCGCCCCAAGCCGCCCCGGCCCGAACCGGUAGAUCCAAGGCCCCAGGCGCCGCGCCCACCGCUGGACCCCGCCGCCCCAGCGCCUGGCCCGGCGCUGCACCAGCGCCCGCCAGUGCACAAGGGCCCCCCUAGCCCGCGCUGCGCAUGGUCCCCGGCCCCCUGCUCCCCCCGCGCCGGGGAUUCCGGCGCGCCGGCCCCCCUCACCGGACUGCUGCCGCCGCCGCCGCCGCCUCACAGACAAGAGGGGGCGCCCAAGGCCCCGCCGCCCCCGCCGCCCGCUUUCUGGAGACCUUGGCCCUGAGCUUUGAGGGGUGGGGUGGGGGCGGGGGCUGGGGGGUGGGGUAGAGACUCCAGCCCGAGGGCAGCAGAGGGACCCGGGCGUCGGGGCGAGGAGGUGUUGGGGAGGGCGGCGGGGCGCGCGGGCGUAGCGCGCGGGUGAGAUGUGGUCUAUAUUAGAGUAUCUAUAUAAAUAUAUAUUUCCCUGGUUCCUGUCCCUUCUCCCUGCCCUCCUUGCGUCUAGGAUUGUACCCUCUGCCCCCGGCCCAGCCCCAGUCCCCUCCCGAGUCCCUAGUGCAUGGAAUAAAGUGGUUAUUCAAUCCCCGUGUGUCCCCUAGCCAGGGGCCUGCCUUUAUCUCGGCGUCCACGCCCACUUUCCUUCCGCUUCUGUCUCCCAACCCCCAGUCCUGCUCUCCUUGGCCCAAGCCGCGGGGCACACAGGUAAGUAAAGAGCAGAGCGGAGGCUGAGGUUGGACUGAAGCCGGAUGGCAAACACUUGAGAUAGGGUAGGGAGAGAAGGGAUAGGAGCCUCUAAGAAAAAGCCAGAUAUAGAAAGGAGGGAAAAAAAAAAAAAAA